UUUUGCUCCCACCAUCAUCUCUCAGCUCACCCUCAUCAUCACUCCAACUUCACAGCCACACAACAUUCCUUUAAAAACAAAAAACAAAAACAAAAACAAAAAAUAGAAUCACAACACUCUUCUUCACUAUACCACGACACUAAACUACAGUUGAUAUAAAGGAAAGAUAAGGCCAAAAAAGAGUACUACAAUGUGAAACAGCGAACGAGCUGCACAGUCUCACAUCUUUUUCCUUUGCUUUUUUCUCUGUCUUUAUUUUUUCGCCUCGACCGUCCGAUCUUAAUCAGUUGUAGUGGCCGACGCAAUGAGCGUGACGUCCGAUGAUGAGGCCUCUGAUCAGCAGAGCGAGAGGUGCGGGAGCUACUCUCUCAGCGCUGACGUCAGCGAGUCCGAAAGUUGUAGUGGUAGUAGCUUCUCUUGUCGGAGAUUUGAUGCCGAAGGUGCUUCGAGCUCGCUCACGUCAUCUCCCCGUCCGGUCGUCGGGGGUUUUGGAUUUCGUGUUCCGAUUAUGGUGCCGGUGAUUGGCGGUAAGGAUGUUGUUUGGGACGAGAAACAGGAGAGGCCUGAUACCAAUUUGUCAGAAGUUGAGAUGAUGAAAGAAAGAUUUGCUAAGCUACUUCUAGGAGAAGAUAUGUCCGGUGGCGGUAAAGGUGUUUGUACUGCGCUUGCCAUCUCAAAUGCUAUCACCAAUCUCUCUGCGACUGUGUUUGGAGAAUUGUGGAGGUUAGAGCCAUUGGCUCAGCAAAAGAAAGCAAUGUGGAAGAGAGAAAUGCAGUGGCUAUUAUGUGUUAGUGAUUCUAUUGUUGAGCUUGUACCGUCCAUACAACAAUUUCCAGGUGGGGGUACAUAUGAAGUGAUGGCUACACGACCUCGCUCAGAUUUAUAUGUGAACUUGCCUGCACUUAAGAAGCUUGAUGCUAUGUUGAUUAGUAUGCUUGAUGGGUUCGGUGAGACAGAGUUUUGGUAUGUUGAUAGAGGGAUUAUUAUGGGUGAAGGGGGUGAGUGUGAUGGGUUUUCAUCAUUGGUUCCUAAUGGGAGGCCGUCCGUGAGACAGGAAGAGAAGUGGUGGUUGCCGUGUCCAAAAGUGCCACAAAGUGGGUUGUCUGAGGAUGCCAGAAAAAAGUUACAGCAAUGUAGGGAUUGCACAAAUCAGAUACUGAAGGCAGCCAUGGCAAUUAAUAGUAGUGUGCUUGCAGAAAUGGAGAUACCAACUCCUUACUUGGAGACCUUGCCUAAGAGCGGAAAAGCUUGUCUUGGUGACAUCAUCUACCGUUACUUAACUGCUGAUCAGUUUUCGCCUGAAUGCCUUCUUGAUUGCCUUGAUUUGUCAUCGGAACAUCACACUCUUGAAAUAAUCAACAGGAUCGAGGCAGCAGUGCAUGUUUGGAAGCAGAAAGAUCAAAGAAAACACACAAGUCACAUGAAAGUUAGGCGCCUAACUUGGGGUGGCAAGGUCAAAGGUCUAGUUGCUGACACUGAAACGAAAAAUUUUCUGGCUCAGCGAGCUGAAAACCUCUUACGGAGCCUGAGGAUUCGUUUCCCAGGCCUUCCACAGACUGCAUUGGAUAUGAACAAGAUUCAGUAUAACAAGGAUGUAGGGCAGUCAAUUCUUGAAAGUUACUCAAGGGUGAUGGAGAGCUUGGCUUUCAACAUUAUGGCAAGAAUCGAUGACGUGCUUUACGUUGAUGACGCUACUAAGCGAUGUGCUGCUGCAGAAUCACAUUCUCUAUUCAGCAGGGGAGGUUCGAGUGGCAUUCCCAUCCAGAAGCGAAUGUCUCUGAGCCCCUUCUCUAUCCAACACAGCCCAUAUGGCUCGCCCUUUGCUACACCGACUUUCUGUUCUUCAACUCCGAUCAUCGGAAGCCCAGGGAGAGCACCUAUAUCUAUGAGGAGGAGUGGUCUUAAGGAGGCACCAGAGCGGAAGCUAGAAAAGCCAUGCCCUGUGGAGUUUGAGCGGGUUUGGUCUUAUACCGGGAACCUGAGUUCACGAAGAGUUCCUAGGGAUGUACCAGAGCGAGAUUGACAAGAUUUCUCAGCCAGUUCCAAUAUCAAAGAAGUUGCACAGAUCUUCGGGAGACUCACGGGUAAGGGAAUAGGAUUUGUUAUUAUAUACCUUGUAUAUUAUUUAGCCGUAGGAAUAUCAUGCUCAAAAAGUUUUGAUCAUGGUGUUUUUGUCAGGUGUUAGUUAAGGAAAGAAGACGAUGAUUAACGCUUAGGCCACUUAUGUAUUAUCUAACGUGUUGGUGAAGAAUUUAACUCCCCAUCUAAAUUUGGCAACAGCCGAUUUUAAUUAAAAUGGGCGAUUUGUAGUA